AUAUAAACCAAGAAUUUGAGGAAAUAGGUGAGAAAAUUAAAGCAAAAGAAAAUCAGUUAAAAGAUACUCCACCUAAAAAUACAAAAAAAAUUAAAGAAUUAGAAAAUGAAAUAGGAGAUGCAACAAAAGGACUUAAAAAAGCACAAAAAAUUAAAGCAGGCGAAGUUGCUAAUCUCCAAAAAAAUGAGCAAGAACGAGUUAAAGAUUUAGAAAAAAAAACUAAACAGCAAACUGCUGAAUUAACUUAUCAAAAAGAAUACUCACAAGACCAAAAAAAAAAAUAUCUCUGGGAAAUUGGAAUAAAAAAUAAAACAAUAAA